GCUGCUCACGAUCUGCGCGCUGCUCGGCCCGCUGCAGGUGACUUUUCAGAUCACCCCUCCGUGUACCCGUGAGAGGCAUUAUGAGCAUUUCGGACGAUGCUGUAAUAAAUGUGAACCAGGAAAGUACAUGUCUUCUAAAUGCACUACUACCUCGGAAAGUGUAUGCUUGCCCUGUGGCCCAGAUGAAUACUUAGACACCUGGAAUGAAGAAGAUAAAUGCUUGCUGCAUAAAGUUUGUGACACAGGCAAGGCCCUGGUGGCGGUGGAGCCCGGCAACCGGACGGCCCCGCGGCGCUGCGCCUGCACGGCCGGCUACCACUGGAGCGCCGACUGUGACUGUUGCCGCCGCAACGCGGAGUGUGCCCCGGGCUUCGGCGCCCAGCACCCGGUGCAGCUCAACAAGGACACAGUUUGCAAGCCCUGCCUACUAGGCUACUUCUCCGAUGCCUUUUCUUCCACCGAGAAAUGCAAACCCUGGACCAACUGUAGCAUUCUUGGAGAGGCAGAAGUACGUCAUGGGACGGAUAAAUCAGAUGUGGUUUGUAGUUCUUCUCUGUCAUCGGCAAAGCCUCCAAGAGAACCCCCGAUUUACUUGCCCAGUUUAAUUAUUCUGCUUCUCUUCAUAUCCGUGGCAUUGGUUGCUGCUGUCAUCUUUGGUGUUUAUUAUAGGAAAAAAGGGAAGGCGCUAACAGCUAAUUUGUGGCACUGGGUCAAUGAGGCUUGCGGCCGCCUAAGUGGAAAUAAGCAGGAGUCCUCGGGCAACAAUUUUAGCAACACUCACAUGGAAGCCUCUAGUCAGCGUGAAAUUUGUGAAGGUGUCCUACUGCUGACUCUGGAAGAGAAGAUGUUCUCUGAAGAUAUGUGCUGUCCAGACGGUGGUGGUGUCUGCGAGGGUGCGUGUGCAGGCGGCGGGCCCAGUGCCAGGAUGCUCCCCUUGGUCAGCGAGCUCGAGGGGGACCCCUUCCAGCAUAGUCCCAUGGAAGACGAGUAUGUGGACAGGCCCUCCCAGACCCCAGACUCUUUGCUGUUCCUCACUCAGCCUGGGAGCAAGUCCACACCCCCCUUCCCUGAGCCCCUGGAGGUGGGGGAGAAUGACAGUUUAAGCCAGUGCUUCACUGGGACAGAGAGCCUGGCCGAUUCUGAAAGCUGCCACUUCGCUGAGCCCCCAUGCAGGACUGAUUGGAUUCCCACGGCUUCCGAAAAGGACUUGCAAAAAGAAGUGGAGGGUGGCCAUUGCCCCCACUGGGCAGCCAGCGGCAGCUCGGCAGAGGGCUGUGCAAACUGUGGGAACCCGCCUGGGGAGGCCCGGGAACCCCUCACGGCUUCACCGCAAAGCGGACCCUUGCCCCAGUGUGCCUAUGGCAUGGGCCUUGCGCCUGAAGAUGCUGCCGCCGGGGCCGGCCAGCCCGCCUAUGGGGCUGACCGAAGGCUUCCCGGCUCCAUGAGGGGGGGCCCUGGGUCUGGAAGCGCCUCCAGUGACCAGCCACCUGCGUCUGGAAAUGUGACUGGAAACAGUAACUCCACGUUUAUUUCCAGCGGGCAGGUGAUGAACUUCAAGGGCGACAUCAUCGUGGUCUACGUCAGCCAGAACUCCCAGGAGGGCCCGGCAGGGCCGGGCAGCGGCGCGGGGGAGCCGGUGGGCCGCCCGGUGCAGGAGGAGAGCCCGCCGCGCUGCGACUCGUUCGCCGGACUCGGGUCGCGCUUCCCGGACCCGUGCGCGGGCCUGGACGCGCGCCUGGGCGGGGGGCUGCAGGAGCGCGGCGCCCCUGGGCCCGAUAAGGCCUCGCGGCCGGUGCAGGAGCAGGGGGAGGCCGAGGCCGGCGCUACAGGGGCACGGCGCUGAGCGGCGGGGGACCCGCAGCGGCUCUCGGCGCCCCUCGGAGCCGCCUUGCCUGGGGGCGGGCGCCGACCUCUGAGUCUCCAGCCUGGCCUCCGCGGGCCCCACAGGGGCGGGGUCUCUACCCCGCUCGGGAGCCAGGGGCACCUGCGCCUGGGCGGGGCCGGGGGGUGGGGCUCCGCACCUGCGCCUGGGCGGGGCCUGGGGAGAGCGCGCUCCUGCGCCUGGGCGGGGCGGUGGCCCGGAUCUGCUCCCUGACGGCCCUCCCUUCGGUACAUCCGCGUCGAAUGACCUGACAUUCAGCGCCCACCUUCUUGCUCUUUAUGUAGAAUCGGGCACUUUUUAAAAAACCUGCAAUUGUUAUGACCAUUUACUGAUACCCACAGUCACGUAUCAUCUGAUGACACAGGUACACGACGCUCCACUUUUUACCUCCUUUUAGGGUUUUCCUCCGUCCCCUCCUGUUCCCCAUUAUCAUUUCAUCAGUAGUUUGUCUCUUUAUGGCAUCUGUUUUAAUGAUUGUUCUGUUCUCUUUGGGUCCGUUUUUUUCCCUUAUAUUUGUAUUUCAUUUCCAUAACAUUUUUCUUGAUACUCUAACCCCCUUUUGUUUUUACUCUGUAAGGGUUCUCUUGAAAAUUCUCCUAAGGGUGCUGGUCUUUAUAUAUUUUCUUUUGCACCCCUUCUUGAAAGUAGGUUGCCUGUGUUUUGGUGAUGGGUUUUUUGGGGGGCGGGGUAGGCAGGGAGGUCUGUACUAAGCACUUUUGGUGAAAAGGCCAGGACUGUGAAGCCUAGAGGGAGGCUCAGGAGCAAGUGGAGAGGAUCUUCGUCUUUGCAAAAUUUUCUGUGUUCUGUUUUUUUCUUUUUUUCUUAAAGGAAGAAAAAAGGGAAACCCUGCUUUCCCCCUGAAUGUUUUUAAGUUUCUGUCAAUCCACAGGCAGAACUAAGCUGUAAUGUGUCCUUCUUUCCCUCACCCCAAAAAUGGCUGACCCCUGAGGUGAAGGUAUUUACUCAUUCCAGCAGAGGCAGUCAGGUACUUUGGUAACUAAAUCUCUAAAAUCCAAGUUGCUGCAGCUCGGCAUUCUUACUCUUGAUGUCUCUCUCAAAAAUACGUGAGAAAUGCAUAGGACACAGGACAGCCUGAGUACAGGGUGAAAAGCAGCUGCCAGGGAAAUUCAAGAAAGAAGGGAUGGGGCACCUGGUGGCUCAGUCAGUUAAGCAUCUCACUCUUGGUUCCCACUCAGGUCAUGAUCUCAGGGUCUCUGACUCUGCUUGGAACUCCCUCUCUCCCUCUGCCCUUCCCCCUGCUCUCUCUCUCUCUCAAAUGAGUAAAUAAAUAAAAUCUUAAAAAAAGAAAGAAGGGUUAAAGCUGACAUGUUAAUUUGUGUUUUCUUUUUCUAGAUAAGAAGUGCAUAAGUGUGUUUAGGCCGUAGACCCUAUUUUCGUCCUAAAUAAUUGUGCAUCUGUGAUUCAGCCUUGUAGAAAUGGUAAACAUUUCUGCUAUUUUCCAAAGCAUCUUAUUUAAAAACCAAAUCCUCAUAUUGUGAAUUUAAGAAAACUUAUCACAGAGAUACUUUUCUCUUAGAUCAGCCCACUUGUGAGGAAACACACAGCGUGAGUCAGAUUGAAAGGAAGUACCUGGGUUCUUCCAUCUGUUGUGGUCAGUGAGUAUUCUCAUAUACCAAAAAAAGUUAAAAUAUCUAAGCAGAUUAAAAUUAAUUUUGUGGAUCUGGUAGGUUUUAAGAGUGCUAAUAGUGGUCAGUGUCCAGACUUAAAUGGCCAAAGGUGUCCAGCUGAAGGAAUGACCAUUGGUCACUGGUUUCUCCUUACUGGUUGCAGGUCUCUUGGAAAUGCUGGAAUAGUAGCAGUCAAUUGUGACUUUUUUUUUUUUUUGAGAGAGAGAGAGCAUGAUUGGAGGGGUGGAGGGAGGGAGAGGGAAAGAGAAUCUUAAGCAGGCUCCACACCCAGUGCAGAGCCCGACUCAGGGCUCCAUCUCACCACCCUGAGAUCACGACCCGAGCCGAAAUCAAGAGUCGGAUGCUUAACCGACUGAGCUGCCCAGGUGCCCCUCAAUUAUAAUUUUUAAUGGAGAAGCAAAGGGUAGCUCUAUAAUUUAUGGGACUUCUUAGCUUACAUAAAAAGCUGCAGGAAGUAACUGCACUGCUGGGAUGAUUAGUUUGUGGGAAUUUACUGUCUGUUCUGCCCAUUUAGUUAACAUCCAUCCAAAGAGAGAUGUCAUAAAAAUGGGAGAAACCACUAUACCUUUUGAUAUGGACUGUAUUAAACAGACAAAAUGUGGUUCACAGAGUAGAAUGCUAAAGCUAAAGACCCGAGUCUCUACCGUGAGUAUCAUCAUCUCAUGAUACUACUUUCACCUUUCUGUGCUUUCAUAUUUCUUUCUAUAAAAAAGCACUAGUGAUCAUUUUUGACACUUACCCAGAGAAAACAAAAGGAUGUUACAGUGAAUGUUUAAGUAUCUUGAGCUCCUUCAACAAAAGGUGCUAAAUAAAUCCAUAAGAAUCUACUUUCAGAAAAAGGUGGUAUUCUUUCCCACCCUGAUCCCUACAUUCGAUAUUGAUCCAAAGACAGUUAAGUGGUAGAAAUGUAUGGCAAAUAGAGGUCUGUGUCUAUGUAUUACAGAGACAUAUAAGACAGAUGUAAACAGAAUAAAAUGAAGAGAAUAAUGAAAAAUUUGGGGGGAAUGUGAUAAAGAGAUUAUUAAACUUAGCGUUCAUCAUAAAAGUUGUUUUUUUUUUUUCAUGGCUUGCUUGAACAGGGCUCUUUGUAAAAUAAUUGAUGUGACUUCUUCCUGAUCUCUGUGGUCUGCUGUGGUGUCAAAUGUUGGUUAUGUUAUUUCUUAUCGGUGGAACCCUCAACAACAGAGUUGGGACAGAAAAUGCUUUGCUUUGACAAUGUAUCUGCUGUUGAUCUCAUAAGAAAAUUUUUUAAAUUCAGGUUAGCUAUGCAGUGAAAGAGUUGAAAGGGAAAUGGAUUCUAGGGUCUCCUGCCCACAUUUAGCUCCACUACCAGAAGAAGGAAGAAUUCAUUUCUCUCUCUACCUGUAAGUGCAAAGAGCAGUUUGAAUGUGAUGUAGUCGAACCUUCCUGUGGCAGGAGGAAGGGGUUUCUGCUAUGUAACAAGCACCCCAAAACGUAGUGGCUUAAAGCAACCACCAUAUAUUCUGUGGUUUGGCUCAACUUGGCUGGUUCUUCAGGCCUGGGUGAGCCUGGUAAAACUUGCUUACCCAUGUGCAGGCUGGCUGGCUGGCUUGCUGGCUGGGAUUAGUGGGGCCAGACUAAACACUCCCCAUGUGCUCCCUCAUCCUUUCAGCAAGCUAGUCUGGCCUUGCUCUCUGGUGGUGGCAGGUUUCUGAGAGAGCAAGUGUGCCAGGCUUUUUGAGGCCAACGCUCAAACUGGUAUGCUGUGACUUCUGCCACACUCUGUUGGUCAAAGCAAGACACAGGGGCAGCCCAGGUUCAAGAGCUGGGGGAGACAGACCCCCUGCUCUAAGCGGGAAGAGCUGCGGCGUGAGAGAGGAAGAGGGAUGGAUGCAAGGAGGGGAAGAAUGAGUCCCUUUUACCAUCUGUCUACCAUUGGAGUAUUGUUCAGAACAAAAUGGCGUGGAAUAAAAUCCUCCCAGAGCUCAUCUGGGAGCAGGAGAGGGAUGUUCCUAGCCCCUAAGGAGUGCUUCCAUCACUGGGGAUCACAUUCGUACAGAGAGACACCCACAUCCAUAUUUAAGUAUUGAAAUUCCUUCCAAAGCCAAAUAUCCAUGGCUGGGGACCUGGAUCGACUGUACUACUGCAUUCCAUUGGCACAGGUCAUUGAAAAGCGACUAUUUGUAAAGUCAAGAAAACUGGUGAGACACUUGGGUAGAGGAACCUGUUGUAUAAAUAGAUAAAAGAGGUCACGUUCACUCGUUGUGCUGACUCAACAAACUAUCUAUGGCUAGGUACUGGGCAAAAGAGUGAGUUUGAGCAAAGGUUCUGUCUCCGGUGGGAGAGGUGUCAUUUUGAAACGUUUGCUCUUUGACAGUCUCCAAGGGCACGUGGCUCCCCUUGGCCAUCUGCUCUGGGCACCAGUUGCAUAACCCCCUUUAAGGGGAGGGAAUAAGCAUUCAAAGGCCUAGGCAUUCAGUUGGUGAGUCAUCAUUUUUAUUUAUGCUUGGGCCCUGAGCAUCCCUGAGAAAGGAGGUGAAGCUAGCUAAAGUCCUAAGGCAUCUGGGGACAUCCUAGAGAGUUAGGGAAGACCUUGGACAUUGCUCUGCAAUAGGGCACCAGAGGAGCUUCUGGGAACAGAGAUUAGCUGUGGAAUUCCUGCCACAGCAUGCCACCCCUACACCCACCCCCACCCCCCGACUGCCGCCAAGGAGGGGCUGUGCUGGCUGGUGAACAGACUGCCUUGCAGCAAUGAUGCCUUGCCAAAAAGAGGUGGGGACCCAAAAUCGGGCAGUGGUGGGGCCAGCAGCAGGCACAGCAUGUCGGGUGGAAUCACGGAAGCCAAGCCCAGAGGGGCAGGGGGCCACGGAUGCUGGAGACCCUGGCCCGACACCCCCAUGGCUGCCCCCACUAAGGAACUGACUCCCUUAGGAAAACAACUCAGUGUCCCCCAAGGUCUGAACAAGGGGAGCACAGAAUACAUUUCCAAGUGGGGAGGGACACCUAAGUGACCUCUGAUUGUGACCCUCGAUGAUUCCCUUCACCCUGGCUUCUCAUGCUCUUGUGAGCCUGACUGUCUCUCUAGGUCUGUCCACCUUGUUACUGCACAGUUACCUUGACCCCAGGGUGAAGUUGAAACCCCUCCUUAGUUUGCAUCUCUUUCCUCCAUUCCCCUUGGUAAAACCGACAUGCAGGAACACUUCCCCCCCCGCCCAAAAUCUUCAUUUAAGAAUGAGGUUGCCAAUAGCAUAAAAGUUAAAAUGACAAAUUCCAGGACGUUUCCAGUAUCUUCAUUCUACUGCGAGGCACUGGAGACGUUCCCCUGUGUAAUGGAGCAAAUAGAAGAGUCGCAGUCAGACCCGGAGUCAAGAGCCAGCCCUCCUGCUUCCUGACUUCCCUCGUGCAGCCACCCUCCUUAGCUCUAUUUCCCACGUGUGUAAAUUGAAGAUAACCCUAUUAGUUUAUAGGGUUGGGGCGAGGAUGGAAUGGGAUGAGGGACAACUGUGCACCAGCAGAGCUCCUGGAAGAUGUUAGUGGGAGAGACCAUCUGUUACACAUCACCCUCCCCCUGUCUCUUACAGCUGUCCAUGUGGUGGCCUCAGACAUCAUGUCUCCUUCCUGAGUCGGGCCACACAACUAUUAACUAACCCUGCCGCCCACCUCAGACACCUUCCCACUCUUUCAAACUAGGUCCAAGAGGUGCGCCUUUUCCAUUGUAAAUUCACAAGACUGUGGUAGCUGACCCAAAGUUGUUGUCUCCUGAUGUCACAUGGAGGGAAGGGGGCUUAUGCCGUGUAGCCCCCCAAUAUACCACCUUCACUGACCAGUACAAUCAGAAUGGGCACCGGGGGGCCUUUCUGUCCUGGCCUCUGACAUUUGGGAAGAGUGAGGGAUACCGGGAUGUGCAGGUUGAAAGGCUGUUUCUUGGGUGCCUGGGUGGCUCAGAUGGUUAAGCGUCUGCCUUCGGCUCGGGUCCUGAUCCCGGGGUCCUGGGAUCGAGCCCCGCAUUGGGCUCCUGGCUCAGCGAGGAGCCUGCUUC